AUGACGGAACCACCAGCGAAACGUGCUCGCCGUGUCGAUAGCUCAGCCAUGUGGGACCAAGACGACCGGAGGACACGUUCACCCGAAGUAGAACCAGAUUAUACCAGAAGCCCUCGCCGGGAGCAUAUUGCGAAAGAUGAUGGACGACGCGAUGGGCCUCGCGAUGACCGGAGAUAUCGUUCUCGUUCCAGAGAUAGGAGGGACAGGAGGCGAGAAAGAAGCCGGUCGAGGGAUCGCCGUGACCGCGACCGCAGAGACAGAGACAGAGAUGGACGGGGAAUGAGGGACAGAGAAAGAAGUGUCAGUCGGGAUAGGCACUAUGAUAGACGCGGCUACCCUUCGAAAGGAGACAGGUUCAGGUCGCGAUCACCUAUUCCGAACGGCAACAGGGACCGGUCGCGGACGCCGCCACCUCGCGGACCCCGGAAUGACCGCAGGCACGAUCGCAGAGAUCAUAGAGGGCAGACAAACGGUGCUACGGAUGCGAAGUCGGGUGUGAACCGGCACAAAGAUGAGAUGGAUGUGGACAGUGACGGUGCUGUGGGAGAAGACGAUGUCGAGGCAAUGAUGCGCCGCAGCAUGGGAUUCACGAAAUUCAGGAGCACGAAGAACACCAAGGUUCCCGGGAACGACAUCUAUGGCGUCCGCAAGGAGAAGAAGACGGAGUACAGACAGUACAUGAAUCGUGUCGGAGGAUUCAACAGACCUCUCAGUCCCUCGAGGUGA